GCACGCUUUAAUUACGUCAUCCACACUCGACGGGAGCCGCCUGGGGAUUGAUCAACAACUUUACAACUCGAAGGAGCAGGAAAAUGAGCAUCAACAGCAGCGAACAGGCGGAUGUUUAUACCAGGCUCUCUGAAAGAGACUCCGCUCUUAGCGAGAAUACUCCUCUGUUGGGAAAUGGAUUGGCGCAGACCAGAGCCACUGGAGCCUCCUUCGCCUCCUGUGUGUUCAACCUGAUGAACGCCAUCAUGGGCAGUGGGAUUCUGGGUCUGGCUUAUGCCAUGGCCAGCACAGGGAUAGUUGAGUUUUGCAUCCUGUUAGUACUGGUGUCCAGCCUUGCAGCAUAUUCCAUCCAUCUGCUUCUGACGCUUUGUGACCAAACAGGUAUCAACUUGUAUGAGGAACUUGGAGAAAAAGCCUUGAAAAAACCAGGAAAACUUUUGGUCGGUUUAGCGAUUCUCAUCCAAAAUAUAGGUGCCAUGUCGUCCUACUUGUUCAUCCUGAAGUCGGAGCUUCCUGCAGCCAUCAGCAGCCUCCUGAAUGCAGGAAACACUGAAAAUGCCUGGUAUGAAGAUGGCAGGCUACUUCUCAUCAUAAUCACAUUUUGUGUUGUUGCGCCUUUAGCAAUGCUGCCAAAAAUCGGAUUCCUGGGUUACACCAGCAGCCUUGCCUUCAUCUUCAUGUUGUAUUUUACAGUUGUGGUUGUGGUGAAGAAAUGGUCUAUUCCAUGUCCGCUGCCUCAUAACAUCACAACGCUCUCAGACUUUAAGAAGGUAUCAAACCAAUCUGACUCAGAAUGUACACCUAAACUCUUCAUCCUCUCCAUAAAGAGUGCCUACGCCAUCCCUACUAUGGCCUUCUCCUUUCUGUGCCAUACAGCCAUCCUGCCCAUCUACUGCGAACUGAAGCGACCAACCAAAACCCGAAUGCAGAACGUCGCAAACAUCAGCAUCGGUCUCAGCUUCCUGCUCUACUUCAUUUCUGCUCUGUUUGGGUACCUCACCUUCUAUAGUCAUGUAGAUUCUGAGCUGCUGCGCGGCUACGACGUGUACCUGCCGCGCGACGUCAUGGUGAUGACGGUCCGGCUGGCCAUCCUUCUCUCUGUGCUGCUGACGGUGCCGCUCAUACACUUCCCUGCCCGUAAGGCUGUGAUUGUGAUGCUGUACGGAGGAAACCACUUCUCCUGGCUGACCCACAUCGUCUCCGCUCUGAUCAUCCUGGGUGUGGUGCUGGUGUUGGCCAUCUUCGUGCCUGAUAUCAGGAAUGUGUUUGGAGUCGUUGGCUCAACGAUGUCCAGCUGUCUGCUGUUUGUUUUUCCAGGAAUAUUCUACCUUAAAAUCAGCAGCCAGCCGAUCAAAUCCGUCGACUCCAUCGGGGCCAUAAUUCUGGUGGUUUUUGGGUUGAUAAUGGGCGUUGCCAGUCUCACUGUUAUCAUUAUCUCGUGGGUGCUCACCUCUUGAUCCAAAUACAAACCAGAAAGAGAAAUGUGAACCAAAGAAACUGAAUCAUGAAAGGGACCAGCAUCACCUCAGGGACUUUUUUGUGAUGAACUCUAAAAUGUUUUUAUAGAUUUCAAACUACGACAAACUUUUUCUACAUAUUGACUUUUAAUUUUUUUUUUCUGGAUUUAAAGAUGAACAAGGGAUGAUUUUACUAUUUUGAUUUUGCACUUUAUUAUUCCUUUAAAUUUCCCUGAAACCCUUAAUGAUUCUUGUCCUAACUUGAUGUAUUUCUGCUCUGUUUUGAGCACUAAAUGAAGGGAAAAUUGUUUACAUAAUGAAACCCGGGUUUGCUUGUUUAACCACUAAAAUGUCUUCUUCA